AUGAAAACGUUCUUCGUUUAUGUGUUAACGAAAUGUACCUCAUCCCAGUCCACGCACAAGACGCAUUUCAAUAUGGCGGAUGGACCAACUUGCGUCAAACAAACAGAAUGCCAUUUUUCGCGUAUCCCUGUCGAGAUUGUGGAGAAAAUCAUGUCUUAUUUGUCACCGUAUGGAGACUUUUUUGACGCUAAGUGUGUCUGUCGUCUGUGGUAUCGUUUGAUUGUAAGAAUUUGCAAGCAACGGUUACAAAAUUUUCAUGCUGCUGUGAGAACUGGUAAUUUGCGGAUUCGAACCUUGACUACAAAAUCAAGAAUAUCACCUUUACCUCGAUUCUCGCACGGCUGCUGUAUUAUAGGAGAAAAAAUGUACGUACACGGAGGUUGUUCGUCGUCAAAUACAGCUUUUAAUGAUCUUUAUUUCCUGGAUCUAAGAGAACAACGUUGGAUUAGGCCCAGAACAUCUGGUUCCCCUCCACCCCCUAAAGAAUGUGCCACAGCUGUGGUUUAUGACAACAGAGAUAUCGUGAUAUUCGGUGGCUGGUGUCAACCGAGCAGAACUGGAAUUAAUUCUGUGGCGAAAUUCUUUGAUGAUCUUUAUAUUUUCAAUAUUGUUAACUUGUCAUGGAGAAGUCCUGCUGUUAAUAGGGAUUUGCCUAGACCCUGCAAGAGAGCUGGACACGGUGCAUGUGUUUUGGGCCAUAAAAUGAUAGUGUUUGGAGGCGCUCAAAGAGAGCUAAGGUUAGGUUUGUUGAACAUCAGACAAAUUCUCCACUUUGGGAAACUACAUACAUGUAUAUGUUGUAGUUUAAUUUUACUUUAUUAGCAUACAUUACCAUACCCAAAAACAAAAAACAAAAAAUUGCCUGAGAAAAAAAGUUACCUAUAACUUAUAUAUGAAUCCCUCAACAGUACAUAAUUUUAAGGGUGAGAUAAAUAUUAUUUAGAAAAUUCAGUUCCUGUUUGGGCAAGCUGUUGCUGAAGGUGUAGGGAGAGGGGAAGCUAAGUACCAUUUAUUUAUCCUUAACAUGCUUCCUUGAGGGGUCACUCCACUAGCCCAGAGCUCUUGGAAAACACUUUUGCUGCACCAUGUUUUCUACCAAUAUGCAUGCAAAUCAGAAUGGGCGUACUAUCUUAGUUAUUUUAUAAUUUGUAAAUAUGAAGAACCUUAAAUUUAUCCUGCUUUACUCAUGGAAAUCAUGUUGGCCAAUUAUGCUUGUUUCAUAAGUCCUUAUGAAAUGAAAAGCCUAAGAAAAGAAGAAGGGUUGUAUCCAACCAUUGUCAAUUUAAUCCUGGCUUAUUCACAACUCAGAUCUGGUAACUAAGUUUCAUCAUAAUUGAUUGGUUAAGAUGGUUUGCUCAGGGUAUAUUACCAUGAUGGUCCUAUACUUUGACUGAGAGCUUAAACCAUGUCUUUGAAUGUGUUAAACUAUGACUGUGGCCUCAGCAGGAUUUUAAAAUUAUCCAAAAAUUCAGUACAAAAAGAGAGAAAAAAAUGUGUUAAAAAAUGUUUCACUGAAAGAUGAGUCAGAGAUAGGUCAAUAAUAUAAUAGGCCACUUGCACUAAGAAGUCACGUGACCAAUGCUUGCUUUAAACAAUGAGUUGGAAUCUUGCUGAUGCCAAAAAUUGACAGAGCACAUAAAAAUUAUCUUACACCUGAAAUUUGAGAGGAAAGGCAUUUAAGGGAGAUAUUUUAUGGCACUUUGAUUUUUCAACAAAGUAGUUGAUUUGUAUUGGCUGCCAUGUUGGAGGGCAUACUCUUGCCCUCCAACAUGGCUACCAAAACUACUUUUUGCUUAUAUCUUGUUAAACUAUGCUCAGAUGUGCUGUAAACAUUACCACAUCAUCUUUUAAACAUUUUCCUUGACGUUUAAGUGCAAAAUUUGUGUUCAGAAAGGGGUAAUUCAUAAUUUUAAAAAUCAAAUUUUGGUCACAUGACCAGCUACAAACUUACUCAUUUGAAGAAAAUGGUGCGGGUUUGAAAAACCAAAUCACUAUUAUUUUGUUUAAGAUAUGACCCACUAAUCGUUUUUCCAAAGCAAAAUCAUAUAACUUUCAUUUUCAUAAAAACAAUGUCACAUGACCUCUUAGUGCAAAUGGCCUAUUAUCUCCUUUGGCCACAUUAAGUGUUUUUGCUUGUCCAAAGGGAAAUUUGGAGAUUUUCUGGGACAAAUGACUGUUGCAGAUCAUACUUCCUCUUUGCCUGACUGUAAAGGACACUUCAAAGGCAUAUUUGGUCUGUGUUAUUCUGGCUUCCUUUUGAAAGUUGCUUGAAAUAUUGUUUCAGGUUCAAUGAUGUAUGGGUAUUGGACAUGAUAGAAAUGACUUGGAGUUGCCCCAACAUUAGAGGCAAGAAACCUUCUGGGAGAUUUGGUCAUUCUCAGGUAUUUGGAUUUAGGUCUUACCCUUAAUUUUUGUUGUUUGCCAUUAUUUUAAUCGUUGCAAGUUGCUACAAAGGAUAUGGUGUCAUGUGAAAAUGUCAUAAUGUCUUGAAGUCAUUUUUUGUCAGUAUGUUACAUGUAUACAAAAUUUUAUUUGAAUUUAGAAAAUUAUGAUAACGAUGGAGUACAUUUCAUCCAACACUUUAUUUUCUCUCGCCUCCCAUAUUCAGAAAAAUUAAAGAAGCACCUUAGGUGCUAAUUUAGCAGUAAUUAACAUAGCUUAUUAUGUAUUAUGUUUUAGAUGGCAAUAGAUGAUCAUACAGUACUGAUACUUGGAGGAUGUGGUGGACCAAACUUGGUAAGCAUGAUCUCCUUAUUCCUUUAUCUUAGGGAACCAAGGUUGGUACAGAGGUGUGAACAAUCACCUCCCACAAAUGUGGCCAGUGUUCUUCAUAUCUCAGCAUUGAUGCCAUACAUGGGUUGGGUUCGUUUUUGGUUCUCUCCCUUGCUCUGAGAGGUUUUUCUCUCACUGGGUACUCUGGUUUUCCCAUCUUCUCUUCUUAUUCUCUCUUCUUAUUGUUACCAAUUAUCGGGAGGCUUGAAAAAUGGGGGUUGCAACUACAGUGUUUGACUCUAACAACAACAACAACAACAACAACAACAACAAAUUUUGCCCUAACAACAACGAGGAAAGUUAGCUUUGGUUUAAAUUAUUGGAGAAUUUCUAAAAACCAAGGGUUAGGAAAUGGGAAUUUUGCUGUGGGCAUGCACGUAUGUACUAACCUAAAAUUGGCCAAUUGCAUAAUUUGACGUCAGUCAAACCCUGCUUUAUGGACACCUGCUUAAUAGGGACACCUCAUUAAUACAUUGUAUGUACAGUUUGCUUUGUCCCUGGGGAAAGAAAGCCCUUACGUUUUCUCUUAACUAAACCCACUUAAUUCGGACACCCCUUUUAAUACAAACUCUUUCUUUGGCCCUAUCAGUGUCUGAUUAACAGGGUUUGAUUGUACAUCAAAAAUCAAAUGUUGUAAAUUUAUUUUAGGUGUACAUGUAAGAUACAUGUAGCAUGAUUUCAUGUGGUGGGCCUAUUUUGAAUGGCACACUGUCCCUUGUAUAAUUUUUCAAUCCCCAAUAAGUUCAACAAAUGAAGACACUACUCUCUCUGUUGAAGUUGUUUGGAGAUGUGUGGAUCCUGGAUACAAAUGAAUGGAUCUGGCAGGAACUAGAAGUAAAGAACCGUCAAUGGGAAGCACCUCAACUGUGGUGCCAUCCAGCUGUCCGCAUCAAUGAUGUGAUUGUUGUGUUUAGUGUACCACGCAAUCAAGCACAUGUACUAACUCCUUCAUCUAAUGAACAACAAGGAAUUGGACACCAGCGUCCUGGGCUAGAUGGCUUGCUGCCCAUGCAGAUAUUCAUACUAGACUGCAGUCAAAUCCGAUCUCAUUUCUCAUGUUCGUGGAAUCCUCCCCCCAUUACUCAGGGAUCCUCCCCUGCCACCUCACUGCAUUCUGUUGUGGUAGCCAGGGGGGAGAUUCUCAUUUUUGGUGGCAUGUUUGCAAGAUGGACAGAAUCGAGUCCAGAAACAAGUAGUAAUCUUGUAGCUAUUUCAUCAAACAUUUUAGAAUAAACAUUUUAUAAAAUCCCACAACAAAAAUAUCUGAACAUGUGCAUUAUCCGUACUUCAUCACUGCAUAAAGACUUCAAUGUAUCAGAGAGUAACAUACAUAUAUUUCAUUUUAUUAUAAGAUUAUAGGUAACAGG